GCGCUGCUUCACGAUGGUGAGCCAAUCCUUGAAUGCAUGAACACUUCUUCUUCUUCUUCUUCUUCUUCUUCAUUUUUAGCUUGCUCGUUAAGUGCAUUGUAGUGGGAUCUUGCUGCCAAAAUGAUGUUGCCUUUAGGCUUAUAUCUUUUGGGCUUGAUUGUCAUAGUUAUAACCCACUGGACCUACAAGUGGAAAAACCCUAGGUGCAAUGGGAGGCUCCCCCCAGGCUCCAUGGGCCUUCCCCUCAUUGGAGAGAGCUUUCAAUUCAUCACACCCAGCAACUCCAUUGAUAUUCCCCACUUCGUCAAAUCUAGAAUCCACAAAUAUGGGCGUAUAUUCAAAACAAGCUUGGUAGGGAGAGCAAUGGUGGUAUCAUCGGAUGUAGAGUUCAAUCAUUUCAUACUACAACAAGAGGGGAGAUUGGUGGAGUUAUGGUACUUGGACUCCUUUGCAAAGCUUCUUGGGCAUGAGAAGGGUUCCAAAAAAGAAGGAUCCACCAAUUCCCAUGGCCACAUCCAUAGGUACCUUAGGAGCUUGGUCCUCUCUCAAUUCGGUCAUGAUGUCCUCAAACACACCCUCCUCUCCCAACUCCAAGACAUCUCCAUUAAAAGCCUCCAUACCUGGCUAGCCGCUCCCCAACCAUUGGAAAUUAAACAUGCCUUUUCUGUGAUGAUAUUUGAUGCUACUGCAAAACAGAUGUUUGGGUAUGAACCAAAAGAGCACGAGGAAAACCUUGGUGUGAAUUUCACAAACUUCUUACAAGGUCUCAUGUCCUUCCCUCUUAACAUCCCUGGCACAGCCUUCCAUAGAUGCGUUCAGAACCAGAAGAAAGCAAUGAAGAUGAUAAAGAAGAUGAUAACAGAAAGAAAGGCAUCGCCGGAAAAACGAAGAGGUGAUUUGUUGGACCAAGUGCUUGAUGAUAUGAAGAAAGAGGCAUUCUUAACGCACGAUUUCGUAACCGUGGUGAUGUUUGGCUUGCUUCUUGCUAGCUUUGAGACCAUUUCUUCCACCUUGACUCUAGCCAUCAUCUUACUCACGGACCACCCUUCUGUGGUGCAACAGCUAGAGGAGGAAAAUGAGGAAAUUCUUGAAAAGAGAGGAAGUAGCAAGGAAACAAGGUUGACAUGGAAGGAGUAUAAAUCAAUGACCUUUACGCACCAAGUGAUUAACGAGGUGUUAAGAAUGGCUAGUGUUGCUCCUGGGAUUAUAAGGAAAGUAAUUAAAGAUAUCCAUGUAAAUGGAUAUACAAUUCCGGAAGGGUGGACAAUUAUGGUAGUUCCAUCAGCCAUUCAGUUGAACCCAGACACUUAUGAAGACCCACUAACAUUCAAUCCUUGGCGAUGGAAGGAUGUGGGAGCAAUCUCGACAGCGAAAAAUUUCAUUCCAUUUGGUGGGGGAUCAAGGGCAUGCGCUGGAGCUGAGUUCAGUAGAGUGUUAAUGGCAGUGUUCCUACAUGUCUUCGUCACCAAUUAUAGGUGGAAUAAAGUCAAAGGAGGAGAAGUGGCUCGGUCACCGGUCUUAGGGUUUGGAAAUGGCUAUUUUAUUAAGCUUUUUGAAAAGCUCAAAUGAACACCGCAACAUAUUCGCCACAAUGCAAUUAUGGACAAAUCUCUAUAGAUGGCAUCUGGCAAUACUCAAAUAUUAGAAACAGCAAGUGAUUAUCUAUGAAUGUUUUUAUGUAGUACAGUUGUUUACACUACUAGAGUAACUAUUGGGAUGCUAUAAAUUGCCAAGAAGUACUUUUGAAAUAUGUAAUGCUACAAAAAUUUGACCUCAUUUAGACCUCAAUCCUUCGAUUUCUAGCAA